AUGGAAAAGGCUUGCGGGAACGAGGCAUGCAACAACACUUUCUUCAGCUCCAACAACAGAAAGAAAUUCUGCUCGGCCGCCUGCUACCCGUCAGUCAUCGCUACUGCAGCUGCCAAGCGUCUGGGCCGUGGCCAUAAAUCAGUCGUUCCAGCUCCAGCCGUUAGCCUACCAGCUGCCCCACCAAUCUACACCGAGUCUCCUUCCAGCUCUCCAGCUGCCAGAAGCCUCGACACAUCUUGGGCUCCAUCUCCGUCCGGCCGCCCUGCUACCACUCCUGGCCGCUCAUCGACGAAUGCCGCGACUUUCAUCCGCUGUCGUAGCACAGCCUGCUGUAACUACUUUUCUCGAACCUCGCGUAGCCGCCAGUACUGUUCGCUUCCAUGCCGGCCAUCUAGUUCUACCAGGCAACCGGCAGCUGCGCCGGCCAUCUCACCAACUUGGACAGACGCUUCGGCUCCUAGCACCACUCCGCUCUCACCUGCUCCUGCUCAGCUGGUGGCUGUUGAGACCCCGGAUGGAAAUCUUGCUUCAGGAGCCAGUGAUGACUCCUGGUCCCCACCACCGGAACGUCGCUCGCCGACCACGCUGGCCGAGGGCCGUCAGCACAGGAGGGGAAACAUCAACAACCAUGGCGUCACCAACAACUCGCCUCCAACAUCAUCAGCCGUUGCUCCUUCUUUGCUCCCGGUUUCACAAGCCGCCACUCUCGCUCUACCAGCCAAUCACAACCUCACCAGCGUUGAGAGGGAACUCUCUGAUGACCCAUCUCCUCUUUUAACAACACAACGGGCUCUCGACGCAACCGGUUGGGCUGCCUAUCCAGUGGAGCCUCCGACCUCAACACAAGUUUCUGACACCAACCUCUCUGGGGACGCUUCACUCCGCUGCAAUCAACCAUCUCGGAGUGCUGGAAUCGUGAUCACUAUGCCACUUGAUAGCGAAACGGAAUCGGAUGGGAGCGACGACGAUGCGGAGGAGACCGUCGAUUCCACCUUAUCUCCAGCUGAGGCUUUCUUUAACCUUUGGGCCCCGGUUUUCUUACGCUGCUCCAACCGUGAGGAUAUGGAUCUGGCGACAGAAAGCUGCGCUGCCGACUGGCAUCGACUCACUAAAAAGUCGGAUGAUCUUACUGCCAGCCGAAAGCAAGUGGUUCAGGAGCGAUCACCGAACAACAACACCAAGAAGAAGGAAGAGGCCGGCCGAAUCCAAGCCCUUUUCAAGCGAUUCCCGAAACGAGCUGUGCGGAAGGUGCUGGGCGAGACCUCCCAGGCCUACACCGGCACUGUUGAGGCUGCCACUGACUUCUUGAAGGGUGCAUAUGAACAGCCCCGCCCGUCCGAGGCAGCAGUACUUGAAGCGAGGCGGGUGUACGAUGGAUGCAGCUGGGCUAAUCCAUCUGAGGAAGAGCUCGAACAUCUUGCCAGCCCACCAGCAAGAUCUGAGAUUGCCAGGAAACUCAAAAGAGCCUCAAACACGGCCCCAGGAGCGGACGGAGUCGAGUACAAGGACAUCUCCCGUCUGGAUCCGGAAUGUCGCCUGCUGGAGGUCCUUUAUGCCGCAGUGUGGCGCCUUGGUGUACCGAAGUGCUGGAAAUCGGCCCGAACCAUCCCGAUCUUCAAGAAAGGGUCGACUGAAGACUACAGCAACUUCCGGCCCAUCUCACUCCUCUCAACGCUGUACAAGCUCUUCUCCGGAUGCAUUGCCUCCCGGAUCACCACAGUGGCCAGCGGCAACGAGUGGCUUUCACCAGAGCAGAAAGGUUUCCUCCCGGGGGUGCACGGAAUACAGGAGCACACAAUGCUGCUCGAGAGUGCCAUCGAGGAGGCCAAGUCCCAGAAAAGAAACUUAACAAUCUGCUGGCUGGACUUGGCCAAUGCCUUUGGAUCACUUCCUCACGACUACCUCAACCAACUCUUCUGCAGUCUUCCAGUCCCUCCGGCCUUAAGGAGCAUCCUUACCGACAUCUACCAACAUAACGAGUUCCAUUUCGUUGUCGGCAAGGAGCUGGUGAUGGUGAGACCGACAUCCGGAGUCCGCCAAGGCGAUGGGCUUAGCUCCAUAAUUUUUAAUCUUGCAGCGGAGCCUCUAGUCCGCCGGGCCAAGGCGAACUCCCAUGGAUUCCAGCUCUUCAAUACUCGCCUGAAAUCCACUUCCUAUGCUGACGACAUCUCUGCGGCCGACUCCGACACUACCAGCCUACAAUCGACUAUCGAUGGAAUGAAUUCGACAGCCUCAAUUCUCGGUCUCCGCUUCAAUGCCAAGAAGUGCUCUUCUCUCACCAUUACCAACGGGAGAGCCAGCACGUCCACUAAGCUCUCCAUCAACGGUGUCCAGAUUCGGGCACUGGAUGUAGGGGAGUAUGAAAAUUAUCUUGGCGUCCCUAUGGGAACUAAGCUCACCUUCAGACCAGCCACAGACCUCCGUGAGAAGCUGGUCAAGAUUGCGGACUCCCUGCUGGCUCCUUGGCAGAAGCUGGAGGUAUUUCGUGCGCACCUCCUGCCGUCUCUCUCGCAUCACCUGGCGACUGGCCGCGUACAGAGGGGCUUCCUUGACGAGCUGGACACUCGGUGUGCGGAAUUCCUCCGCCAAGUGGCAUACGUGCCACACACAGCCCACACUGCUUUCUUGUUUGCGGACCGGAGGGCUGGGGGGCUUGGCGCCUCUCAGCUUAAAAAAGACGCUGAUGUGUGGACGAUUGCCAGGGCCGUUCAACUGUUGGACAGCAAAGAUCAAGUUGUCCGUCUCGUUGCCAGAGCCCAACUUGAGAAAACCGUCUCCAGGGGUAUUGACCAAGCCACGGAUGUGCCGCUCCCCCUCUCCGACUUCCUGUCUGGCUCAACACAGGGGGGCCUGUACGACACUCGGUUCUACGGGUGCGGUCCGAACACAUGGACUCGAACGCGAAAAGCAGCCAGGCGUCUUCACGCAAGGAUCGACGUAUCCAGCGAUAGUUCCCUUUCAAAAGUGAUCGCUGAUGACGUCUCCUGCCUGUCGAACAAGGCUGUCCGCGGAUUGAGGACGGUGAUCAGGGGCCGAUGGACAACCGAACUCUCCAACGCCUCAAACCAGGGAAGAGUGGCAAGAGGUCUCCUUUUGGACUCGUCGAGCGACAUCGCCAGGCUCACAUCAUCACGCACCAAACUCAACUUCGAAGAAUGGAAGCUGAUCCAUCGCAGCCGACUAUCCAUCCUACCUCUUUUCGGCACACCUGGAAUUUCGGCUCCUGACAAGAAGUGCCGAAGGUGCAGGACGGACGCCGAGACCACGUCGCACGUGACCAGCCAUUGCCGGGUCAACCUUCCGGAAAUCGGACGGCGACACGACGCAAUUCUGCUGGAACUGGCCAAAAUCAUCUGCAGGGCCGGUCACACGAUUCGUGUCAACCAGGUGUUCCCGGACACUACCCUCCGCCCAGAUAUCGUCAUCACCUCCGCAACACCGCAGCUCAUCAUCGACGUGACGAUACCUUUCGAUGCUCCGGAAUCCCUACAAGCUGGAUUCGACCGGAAAGUGGCCAAAUAUGGUCAUCUUGGACCGACGCUUCCGGUGGUGAUCGGCGCUUUGGGCUCCUGGAUGCCGUCCAACAACGCGGUGGCCAACUCCCUCAACAUUCAACCUAAUGCGUGGCGCCGUUUCAGGCGGAAGAGUCGACUUGCAGCCAUCCAAGGGUCAAUGAGAGUGGUCUCUAACCACCUUCACGCAGCUGACAGGGAUGAAGGCCUACUGGGGCCCGCAUAA